AUAGAAAUGCUGAAGAAAAUUUAUUUACCUAGUGAGAUAAUGGAAAUUUUACGAGCGAAGCGGUCAAACAAGUUGUUCAAGAUGGCCUCUACCUCGUUACGGUGAAGAUCGAGCGCGAGAACCUUCCGAACUACUUGGAGAGGAAAGAAGUGGUAGCACAAAGAGGAAGAGGGAGACGAUGCUAUUUGUUGUUUAUUAUCUUUUUAGUGGUCAUUAGAUAGAGUAAUGGAGAUUUGAGUAGGUGUAAGAAAUUAAAAAAAAAAGUUUGCUUCUCCUCUCAUAUUUCUUCGCAGGUUAAUAUGGUCAUUAAAUUGUUGUUUCACUAGGAUCUUGGAAGCUGAAAUUUUGAUUUUGACGUAUAUGAGGGAGGAUCAGAGGGAGGGAGAAGAGUUAAGUUUUGUUAAACAUGACCUGCUUAGUCCAAAUUGUACCGGACUACACCGUACAAUACAUGGUCUGGACCGUAAAGUAUGGUAUGGUCCAUAAUCUGUAUUUUAUCUUCUCAGUCUAGACAGCAAAUCGUAGAUGUAAUCUGAUCUGGUCCGUUCCGCCCCGUUUCCACCAUAAUAUUUGGAGAAUUGUGUAAAGGUGUGGUUUGGAAUGGAAGCUCUUGUUCUUCUAAGAGUGGCUCUACCUAGACUUGGACGGUAUAUGAAGAGCAUAUUGCAAAGUGAGCUAAAGCCCACAGCAUGGAAAUUAUUAUCGAUGGGCCGUGUACUAUGAAGAGCCCAAAAAAUAAUUGAUUUCUUUUUACCUAGUUGCAAAAAUAUUGGGAUUUGGUCAAAGAACUUGUUCUUGUUGCACUUACUAACUACUAGAAAGUAGAAACAUGUGGCUGCGAUGCGGUGGCCACCGGCGUCGUCGGGAUGAACCCACCACCGCGUGGAAGGAUAGUGCCCCAAAAUUAAUUAUUAGCAAAUUAUUAUCAUUAUGCUUUCUAAUUUCAUUUUCUUUUUCUGUCAUCAAUCCAUCCAAAACGACGGGCCGUUUCCGGAAUUUCGCGAACUAGUCGCCACCCCACCACUGUCCACUACUGCACGACGGUUUCGCCAACUCAAAGUCGACGUGUACCGGCCAGCAAGUAAAAUCCCGACAUCUGUCCCGUUCGGCCACCAUUAGCCAAUCAUAAUGAAGCCCAUGACGCAAACGCAUCGGCAAGCCCAGAGGCCUAAAAUUCGUUUUUAUUUAUCUGUAAAUCCAAAAUAAAAGCGGGCGAGGUUUUGGGUAAUUAGAAAAAACGGACCAGAGUUUCCUCCUCUCACCGGCGAGCUCGUUCUUUCUCUUCCUCGCCCCCUCUUUGUCUCUCUCUCUUUCACACCUGAACUCUGCUCUCAACGAUUCCGGCCGUGCCGAUCUCGGCGUCGAAAACAUGACUACAUCAAAGAGACUUGCGGACAGGAAGAUUUCAAAGUUCGACAAGAAUAUCUUGAAGAGAGGAGCUGUUCCUGAAACCACUGCCAAGAAGGGGAAGGAUUACCCUGUUGGACCUUUCCUCCUGGGGUUCUUCAUCUUCGUCGUCAUUGGAUCAUCUCUGUUCCAGAUAAUCAGGACGGCAACAAGUGGAGGCAUGGCUUAAGUUUGGUGGAAGAACUGAUUUUACUCUAGAGAAUGACAAUCUUAAAAUGAGUUGUUUCGUUUGUUCUUUGUCCCCUUAUCUAUAUAGCAUGUAACGAUGAAAAAGAGUAAAGAUAAUGUGUUAGUGUACUGUGAUUUUCAGGAAUCUUAAUAAACAGUUCGUUCAGUCCCUCGUUAUUCUUUGAGCAACAACUCCUAAGUUCGCCCCUUCUUUGUGUGUCUCACAGUUCGAUCAGAUGUGCCCCCGAACAGUGAAAAUGACACGAAUUUGCUUAACAAACGGGGAGAUAAAAUGCAUCAAUCACCAGGAAAACCAUCAGACUGCCACUUUUAACCAAUUGCAAGUAGGGAUGGCAAUGGGGCGGGUUUGCUUAAACCAUCCCCAUAUCCAUCUUCAAAUACCCAAACUCAUACCCGCCCCAUACCCAUGCGGGGAAUGUUUUGCAAACCCCCAUACCCGUGGGUUUCGGGUACCCAUGGGUAAUACCCAUACUCGUACAUCCAACAUUAUUAUACCUAAAACUUACAAGAAAAAUUCUCAUUAUAAUUCUAAACGAACAUAUUAUAUCACGAAGUCAAUAAAACACGGUCAUUUUUUUAAUAUGGUUCAAAGAUUAUGAUCCUAAAAUAUCCAUUAAUACAUAAUAUAGAGUAUAAUAUUUUUUCAAAUUAUUAUGUUCUAACUCUGAUACAUCUACUAAAUUAUAAUUAACUAACAUAAUCUUGUUGACAAGGGGGAAAGUGAAAGAGUGAAAUGAGAAUUGAGAGAAAUGAAUUAGAUUUUGAUUA